GGCACAGCAGUGACCCCGGGCGGUGUCCCCGAUGUCGCUGACGCCGUGUCCCGGUGCAGUCCCGGAGCUGGCGGCGCGGGGGGUGAUCCAGCAGCUCUUCCCGCUGCACGAGCAGAGGAUCCUCAAGCGCCUGAUGAAGUCCUGGGUGCAGGCGGUGUGCGAGGCGCAGCCCCUCGAUGACAUCUGUGACUAUUUUGGGGUGAAGAUUGCCAUGUACUUCGCCUGGCUGGGCUUCUACACCUCGGCCAUGCUGUACCCGGCCGUGUUCGGCUCCAUCCUCUACACCUUCACCGACAGCGACCAGACCAGCCAGGACAUCUCCUGCGUGGUCUUUGCCAUCUUCAACGUCAUCUGGGCCACGCUCUUCCUGGAGGAGUGGAAGCGCCGCGGCGCCGAGUUCGCCUACAAGUGGGGGACGCUGGACACGCCCGCCGAGUCCCUGGAGGAGCCCCGGCCCCAGUUCCGGGGCACCAAGCGGAUCAGCCCGGUGACCAGCACUGAGGAGUUCCAUUACCCGCCCUGGAAGCGCCUCCUGUUCCAGAGCCUGGUCAGCCUGCCCGUCUGCCUGGCCUGCCUGGCCAGCGUCUUCCUCCUCAUGCUCGGCUGCUUCCAGCUCCAGGAGCUGGUGCUCAGUGUCCAGGAGCUGCCGCGCGUCCUUCGCUUCCUGCCCAAAAUCAUCCUGGCUGUCAUUGUCACCGCCUGUGACGAGCUCUACAAGAAAGUGGCCUUGUGGCUCAAUGACAUGGAGAAUUACCGGCUGCAGAGCGCCUACGAGAAACACCUCAUCAUCAAAAUGGUCCUGUUCCAGUUCGUCAAUUCCUACCUGAGCCUUUUCUACAUCGGCUUCUACCUCAAGGACAUGGAGCGCCUCAAGGAGCUCCUGCUCAUCCUGUCCCUGUCGCAGAGCCUCGCGCGGCAGCUCCGGGAGGCUCUGCUCCCCUCCAUCCUCCUCCACCUCCACCUGUCCCUCAUCUUCCUCAGGCGCCUCCUGCGCUUUUGCUGGACCCUGGGAGUAUCCAAAAUGCUGGCCACGCUGCUGAUCACGCGGCAGUUCCUGCAGAACGUGCGGGAGGUGUCGCAGCCCCACCUGUACCGGCGGCUCCGCCGCGGUGACCUCGGCGUGCGGAGCCUGCGGGAGCUCGGGCGCGCCCUGCUCCGCCUGCUCGGCCCGCGGCCGAACCCGCCCGCAGCCCCGGAGGGGCAGAGGGGCGAGAAGAAAUGCCUGAACGGGGGCUGCGGGGUGCCCGAGGAGGAGGAGGAGGAGGAGGAGGAGGAAGGGCGGCGCGGCUCGGACUCGGAGGAGGAGAGCUCGCUGGACUGCGGGCUGAAGCUGAAGAAGGUGAGCUUCAUCGAGCGCGCCGAGCGCCGCGCCGAGCCCGGCGGGCCCGAGGACGAGCCCUUCCUGGAGGAGGGCAGCCCCACCAUGGUGGAGAAGGGCAUGGACCCCGCCGCCGUGUUCGAGCUCGGCGAUGAUGAGGAGGAGGCCGAAGCGCAGCCCGGCAGCCCCGGCAGGGCGGCGGAGCCGGCGGUGCCGGUGAGGAGGAGGAGGAAGGAGGAGGAGGAGGGAGAGGAGGAAGGGAGGAAGCGCAACCGCGCCUCGUGGAUUGACCCCCCCGAGGAGGAUUACUCCACGCAGCUGACCCAGGCUGAGGUGGAGAGCUGCAUGAAGAAGUACGAGGACACCUUCCAGGACUACCAGGAGAUGUUCAUCCAGUUUGGUUACGUGGUGCUCUUCUCCUCGGCCUUCCCGCUGGCGGCCGCCUGCGCGCUGCUCAACAACGUCCUGGAGAUCCGCAGCGACGCCUUCAAACUCUGCAGCGGCCUGCAGAGACCCUUCGGGCAGCGCGUGGCCAGCAUUGGCCACUGGCAGAAGGUGAUGGAGGCCAUGGGCGUGCUGGCCAUCGUGGUGAACUGUUACCUGAUCGCUCAGUGAUGCUCAUUAACCAGCACACUAAUUACCCAAUUAACUAAAACCCCCCUAAUUAACCCCCCGAUUGUGCC